GUAUAGCAAGUGUUAAACGCAAUUCAACAACACUGCCGCUACUACAAUAAUAAAUAACAGUUUGGAAUGCGACAAAAACCAAAAUUAAUUAGAAGUGAUGAGUUUAGAUGACGAAAGCGCGGAAUAUAUACAUCAGAAACUAUACCGUAGCAAGGGGAAAUGUGCAAUCUACGCUCGUCAAACAGAUGUUUACGUUGAACCUAAGCUAAAAUCCAUCACAAAUGCAAGAAUACCAGCUACAACGAUGGCUGGAAGUCCAAACGCCAUCGAUAUUGGCGCAGAACACGAUGUUUGGUUUCACAUUGCCAUGCGUCUAGAUCCGGAGGAUGUGCAGAGAUUUGGUCUGGUCUGCAAGCAGUUUGCCCACCUGGUGAACUCUCGAGUAUUCUGGCGUAACAUGUAUAGACGCUACUGCCUGAAGAGUGGGUCAUCCAAGGCCUGGAACUUGCAGCUACCUGCCCAGCUGCAGUUGGAGCAAACACGCAAUUGUGAUACGAAAACCUUGCGCUCUCUUGUAACCGAAGCGUUUUUCCAUUGCUAUCGCCCGUUGAAGGAGCGAUUGGAACUGGGUUACAGCCUGGACUGGUUAUUGCAACGGUCAUUUGUGUCCUGCACCCAGAACAAGUAUCCAUGCCUGUGGAUUGUAUGUUAUACUCUGAGUAAUAAGCAAUCCAAUCACAUUCAAUUCCGACACGGAGAGCAAGAAGUGAAGACGACAAAUGAUGACGUUGAAGUGGUCAAUGAUUGGGAAGCUCUUGCGAAUGAUGAAGCUACUUCUUCACUCCCGAGCUAUAAUUAUGAGCAUCGCCACGAAGGUGUUGUUCUCUUAAUAGUCUUGUGCCGCCAAUAUAUGCCUCUUCCGCUGCAGCUGCUCUACAAUCAGCAGCAGUCGCGAUUCCGUGUCAAAGCCACCCGUGAAAUGCUCUGCACGGAUAUGAGGGCAAAGAACCUUGAACUGGAUUUUGUGGACGACAAUAAUAGCAAUAGUAAAUUGAGUGUGACUGUGAAGUACUCGCGUAUAGAAAAAUACAAGGUUUUGCCCUGGUGGCAUCCCGAUUUUAAAAGGUUUUUUAAAUAAAACUGUUUCCAAGUACAAAUCGGUUGUUUGUUCGCUGUUAAGUUACAAUAAGUUGGAACACUAAUCAUAGCACAUAUUUCAAUCGGUGCUUAUCGAAGACACUAACUGGUUGUAGCUUUCAAAAGUAUUUCUAAAUGCAACUGGUUAGAAUUCUGUUACCAUUAAUGUCACUCAAAAUGUCAUUUUAAUGUCCAACCUGAUGUUAUCUUGAGUGUGUGGGAACAUGUUGAACAGAUGUUGUACAUGAGUAUGAACUACUGGUAACAAAACAUUUCUUUUGACUCGUAGAUACACAAUUGAUAAUGGUAUUUAUCUGCCUUAUCUUUGAUCAGCUGGCAAUAAAUAAUCAAAACGCAAAGUGUGGAAAACGAAGGUACAUAUCGAUACGUAAUUUUUAUAAAAGCGAAUGCAAUUCUAUAGAUUACAACUGGAAGAUUAUUGAUAUAUACACUUUGAUCUUAAAUAUAACUGUGGGCUACAUACAAAAAACAUUCAGAAGUGCUUUCGAUAUACAUAUAAAAAUUCCGAUCACUUUUGGUGUCCGCGUCUUUUAAAUGGAGUGCAUUGUCCUCCCCUGAGUUUGCCAACGAUAAAAAUUUACACCUUGCCAAGCAUAUCGUGUCCAUAGGGCUUCUUGCGAUAACCA